AUGUCUAAUAAGGCUGGAGGAUCAAACUUCGGCGCGUUUGGGCCGUACUUGGGUACCCGCGCCCGUACUCGAUCAACUAUGCAUACAGACACGGGGCCUGGACCAAGCGCAGGUACCAGGUCUCGUACCAAGGCCAGCAUGGAAACGAGAGCGGAGGAGAGCUCGCCUACCAGCUCAUCUACCAAAAAAAUACAAGCCAGCAGUCAGAGCUGUUUAAAAAGCAGCUUUGAAGCGUCUAGUGGUACUAAUCAAACCGCUGCAAUUGCGGGAUCUAAACCAGUUGCAUCUAAGGCAGCCGGAAAAUCAGCCGCAGCAUCAGCCACAGCAUCAGCCACAGCAUCAGCCUCAGGAUCAGUUGCAGCAUCAGCAUCGGCUCUGGCAUCGGCUUCUGCGGCCCCGGCAUCAGCUUCUGCGGCCACAGGAGCAGCAGCGCCAGCGGCCCCAGCAGCGGAAGCCCCAACAUCGCGUCAAGAAAUCAAAGCGAACUACAGGAAAUCGGCGCAGAAACCUGAGAAAAUGAAUUUGAUAUUUUAUCUCACAAAACAACACACAGAAAACGUCAAUGAUGAAAUUUUGCGACUUGAAAUCGCAUAUUAUUUGUUUGACUUUUAUAUGAAGAGUCUCAAGAAGCCGAGAGGUGGUGUCCCGCUGUCCUUAGCAGAUAAAUAUAGAAACACCUUAACAUAUAACAGUGCGAAAGGUUACGCUCAUCAAAUUAAUAUUUUGGAGGCAGCCAUACAGGAGCGCGAACUAAAAGAAGCUGGGUUGAUUGACCCAAGCAUUCCUGCAAGCGUUUUGCAAGAGGAGUAUCCCGACGACAGCGAGGAUGAGGAGGAGGUCCUAAAUAACCUAGUCAUAGACGCUCGUCAGCAAGAGAGGCUAAGAAAACUGAAUGCUGACAUGACUGCUGCACUCGAGGAGUUGCAUCGCGCCAACGCGAUGUAUGGACCAAGCGCCGGCUUCUUCGACGAGUAA